GUUGUUGCUUGACGUUUUGCUGCUGUGAGGAAGUCAUCGCUCAACUAGCAUCCUGUCGCUUUGAGUGAGCUUCUCUUUCAAAUAGGAGUUUUAAUACGAAGUUAACAGAGACAAAACACGACACAAACAUCAAAAAUGGAGCAAGAAAAUAUUUUCUACUUUGUUCCAAAUUUAAUUGGUUAUGCCCGGAUCGUGCUGGCAUUCAUCUCCUUCUUCCUGAUGCCCUGCUGCCCCUGGCCCGCCGUCUUCUGCUACCUGCUCAGCGCUCUGCUGGACGCCUUCGACGGUCACGCCGCACGGGCUCUCAACCAGUCCACUAAGUUUGGGGCGAUGAUGGACAUGUUGACGGACCGCUGUGCCACCAUGUGUCUGCUGGUCAACCUGUCACUGCUCUAUCCCUCCUACACCUUCCUGUUCCAGCUCAGCAUGUGUGUGGACAUCGCCAGCCACUGGCUACACCUGCACAGCUCUACGAUAAAAGGAUCGUCCAGUCACAAGACAAUCGACCUCUCAGGGAACCCCAUCCUCCGGGUCUACUACACAUCCAAGCCGGUGCUGUUUGUGAUGUGCGCCGGGAACGAGCUCUUCUUCUGUCUGCUCUACAUCCUCCAUCACAUCGAGGAGCCUGCAGGCUGGCUGUACGGGCUGCAGGCUCUCUGCGGGAUCAUCUGUCUCCUGAAGACCGGCAUCAGCUUGGUGCACCUCGUCACCGCCUCGCAGAACAUGGCUGCCCUCGACGCCGCCGAGCGAGAGGCAAACAGGAAGUCACAGUGAGAGAGAGAGAGAGAGAGAGAGAGAGAGAGAGUGAGAGCUUCAGCUGCAGCUGCAUAUCCACCACCGUUUUUAUUUAUCGUUUAUUAUUGUAAGGGUUUGUGCACAUAAAUAUGAAGUGUAACUGCACUUGAGUUAGUUAGAUGACUUUAGGAAGGAGGAAAGUUUUAUGACCAAAUAUCUCAACUCAAAGUGUGAUUCACUUUUACAGACAACCAAUCAGAAACAAGAGAAUCAAAAUUCAGUUCAUUGCAAAAUAGGUCUACACAUACAAGGAAUUUGCUUGGGUGUAUAAUGGUGCAUUCAUAAAGCGCAGUGAGAGUAAUUUAGUUGUAAAAUAAAAGCAAAUAUAGUGCUAUUGUAAAAACAAAUAGAAAAUAGUAGGUUAACAUUUUAUAAAUAUAUGAAAAAAGUAAAUAUAAUAUAACAUUACUGGGAAAAAAUGAGUUUAUACUUUUAACUUAUUCAACAAUAAUACAGUGAGAAUAACAGAUAUGGCAAUAUAAAAUGACAUGUCGUAAAAUAUAAUCUUUAUCAACAUCACAGACUUCUAAUGUGAUGAUUAUUAGGGCGUUUGAUGUAAAAAUGUAAUAAAUGCUAUAGCUGUGGAAUAUUCCAUUUCCCAAUUUGCAUACAUAUGCCGCCAUGAAUUUGCUAAAUAAAAGUUCCAUAUUUUUGAGAAAAAACGUUAUAAUAAAAAGACUUUAAUUUUUCUGAGACUUAAAUCAAAGAAAUCUGAAAAACAGUCAAUCGGAUCCAACCAUUUUUUUCCAAAUUUAUAUAUUUUUGUUAUUCUACUCUUUUAUUUCCAAAGAAUAUCUAUUUUUUUCCACAUAAAUAAUGGUUCCCCACCUACUUCUUGUUCAUAUGAAGAUACUAAAGAUAAUGUCAUUACAACAAGUAUUUCAGAUUUUGAUUUGAUACAUUUGGUUAAAAUGUGCACUACAUUUGGAUAGAAUCCUUGCUCCGUCCCAACCACACAGUACCAUUAAAACAAACUUUGUGGAAAACAAAUUCACCUUUUAUUCCGUAUUAUUUAGUUUUAUUGUUAACUUUCAUGAUUUUAUUUAAGAUGAGACUGUAUCUCUGAAAUCUACGACAGACCAAAAAACUGAAGCGUUUGUUCACUUGAUGCAUCAUUUAAUUCUUGUUAAGUAGGAAAUAUUUAUUUUAAAAACUAGAAGCAGCUGUUUUAUUACAAAGCACUGAGGCAGGGAGUGCUUAAAUAUUCCUUGCGUGACCUCUGAGCCAUAUUGUGUGGCUUUUAUUAGAGAUUCCUGCAUAUAUUUUGGUGUUGAUUAAAUGGUGAUAGUCGCACUAUAGCAAGUAAAUCAGUUUGCGCUUAUUUGACAUUUAUAAAGUUGUUGUUGGUGGUAGAAGAAACGUGUUUCCUUUUUCAUGUAGAAACAAAUAGAUAGUUAUGCAGGUCAUAAGUUAUUUCUGACGUUAAGAGCACCAAGUAUUAUUAUUUUUACUUUUUAAAGAAGUCACUGACCAUGCGUACAUUUACUGCUGUAAAUUAUUUGUUUCGAUGCUGAAUGUUUGUUAAUGUGUUGAAAUAUAAAUGUUUGUUUUUGAUGGAACUCAUUACGCAGAAUGUAUUAUUCUAAAAUAAAAAUGUAAAUUGAUCAUACGCCAAGCUUAAUAUUAUAUAUAAAGAUUUAAAAGCGUAGUAGGAACUAUAUUUGGUUUGAAGUGAAGGUGUUUUGAGUUACUGUAAAAAUAAAGACAAUGAAACACUGA